AUGUCCCAUCCAUCUGCCUUUUUGCCAUCGCGCGAUUUACCGCGGCAUGUAAAGUCUACGCCACUGCCUCAAUUAGAAGAGGCACUAACAAACUUACAAAAAGCCUAUGCAUUGGACCAUACCCGCGAAGAAUGGAUUGGCGAGCCUGCUGCCGAAUCCGCUCCACCGGACGAUGCUUUUGAGACCCAAUGUGUGCGUACAUGGCUGCACGCUCUGAUUCAUUAUGGCUGCCAAUAUUUAGAGGCUUCAGCUCUUGUUGACCCAGCUGCAGCGUUGCUUGUUCACCUUGCUGGCCAAGCGGCUGGCGGCUCACGUACUUGUGUAUAUCGAUUUUUUUUGGGCACCGAAGCACCAACGGAUGCAAACCAAGCAGAGGCAUCUGUGUCCAUUCGUGACGUGGCCUUAGUGGAAGAUGCCCUCGGUGCACGUACAUGGGGGGCCGCGCCGUAUCUUGCUCGACGGCUCAUGCAGCAAUACGCUCAUGCCUCCUCGGUGCCUGCAAAAACGUUAGAGCUUGGCGCCGGAACAGGACUAGUUGGUCUGGCCUGGGCCCAGUGGCUUUCGACACGUACACCACCACCCAACGUCAAUGUGACACUGACAGACCACCACGCGACCGUCCUAGCGAACCUCCAAUUCAAUGCGCAAGCCACAUCCAUUCCUUGGGUGCAUGUGCGUCAUUUGGACUGGCAAGCUGUGUACAAUGCACAUCACGGCCCAUUGCAGUACCACACUACAGCCCAGACCGUACCUGAUGAUAACGAGCAGCGUACACGCAUAUAUGGCAACGUUCCCUCAGAUGUGCGCUACGAUAUGAUCAUUGCUGCCGAUUGUAUCUAUGAUCCGUGGCACGCCCGUUGGAUUGCCUCUGUUGCUGAGCAACAUUUGGCCCGACCUACACCUGGAACCGUACAACCUCAACUUCAUCUUCUUAUGCCUAUUCGAUCAACACACACGGCUGAGCUCCAGAGUGUAUAUGACGUGUUUUCAGCACCUCAUUCACUCCGCAUCGUUUUGGAGCAGUCUUUGGAUGGCACAGACAAUUUCGGGCCGGCCGAUCGAAUCCGUGCGACCACUACCACACGAACUGGCACUCUCGUAGCUUAUCGACAUAUGAUUAUUGAAUGGGCAUGA